ACACUCGAUGGCAAUUGGAGCGAAAAAGAACGACGCGUAGACUACUUCUUGGAGAGGAGGAGACCAGAAUCCGGAGAGAGAAUGCUGCCCGGCUGGGUCGUCGCUGCUCGGAAACGUCUCCUAGCAUCAUUCGCCUUCACCAUCAUCUUCCUCGCCGUCUUCGUCGACUCCGCAACCAAUGAUUCUCAGGUCAAAUGUAGCAGAACCUGCGUUGCAGAAAAUUGUAACUCUGUUGGGAUUCGAUACGGAAAAUAUUGUGGAGUAGGUUGGAGUGGUUGUCCCGGCGAGAAACCGUGUGACGAUCUAGACGCUUGUUGCAAGAUCCACGAUGAGUGCGUCGAGAAAAAAGGUUUGAUUAAUGUUAAAUGCCACGAGAAGUUCAAGACCUGCAUAAAGAAAGUACAAAAAUCUGGGAAGGUUGGAUUUUCUCGAGAUUGUCCUUAUGAGACUGCUGUGCCGACUAUGAUCCAGGGUAUGGAUAUGGCCAUUCUAUUGAGCCAGUUAGGUGGCUCAAAGCUUGAGCUCUAAAGUCUUAACUUAUAAGUUUUAUUUGAGGUGUGGAAUCUGCAUAUGAUUGCAGAUUGCCACAAGAUUCCAAUGCAUUUUAGGAGGAUUAAUAUUUAGAUUUGGAUUCUUAAAGGAUUUUGGACUUUUUACUUGUAUUGAGAUCUAUAACUUCCCCAUAUGUGAUUCUUUAAAUCCUUAUUAUGAAUUCUUUUUGCAUAAGACAAGAUCAGUUGAGCUGAAUGUAAAAGGAAUGGCAACAAAUUGCCAUGUAACAGCUACCACCAUAAUGUUAUUUUCUUUUUGACAUUUGAAAUUAAUGAGUCUGUGACCA